AUGACACAGUACAUGCCAUUGUUUAGAACAUGCUCUACUCUACGAACACUAACCCAACUCCACUCUCACCUCCUCGUCACCGGCCGUCUCCGUCACGACCCUCUUCCCGUAACAAAGCUCAUCGAAUCCUACACUCACAUGGGCUCUCCUGACUCGUCUCGUCUCGUCUUCGAAUCUUUUCCUUACCCUGACUCCUUCAUGUACGGCGUCCUCAUCAAAUGCAACGUCUGGUGUCACUUAUACGACGCAGCCAUUGAUCUUUACCACAAGUUGGUUUCAGACAAGAAGCAGAUAAGCAAGUUCGUGUUCCCAUCUGUUUUGAGGGCUUGUGCUGGCUCGAGAGAGCGUCUUGGUGUUGGUGAGAAGGUGCACGGGAGGAUUGUGAAGAGCGGUGUGGAUGAUGAUGAUGUGAUAGAGACGUCUUUGAUGUGUAUGUAUGGUCAGAGUGGGAAGUUAGGUGAUGCGGAGAAGGUGUUCGAUGGAAUGUCUGUUAAGGAUCUUGUGGCUUGGAGUACUCUUGUUUCAAGCUGUUUGGAGAAUGGUGAGGUUGUGGAGGCGUUGAGGGUGUUUAAGUGUAUGGUUGAGGAUGGUGUUGAGCCUGAUGCUGUGACGAUGAUUAGUGUGGUUGAAGGGUGUGGUGAGAUUGGAUGUUUGAGGAGUGCUAGGUUAGUUCAUGGUUGGAUAACGAGGAAGAUGUUUGAUUUUGAUGAAACGUUAUGUAAUUCUCUGCUUUCUAUGUAUAGUAAGUGUGGGGACCUGCUUAGCGCGGAGAGAAUCUUUAAGAUGAUUGUUAAUAAGAACGCUGUUUCGUGGACUGCUGUUAUCUCUAGUUACAAUCGUGGUGGGUUCUCUGAGAAGGCAUUGAGUAGUUUCGCUGAGAUGUUGAAGAGUGGUGUUGAGCCGAAUUUGGUUACACUUUAUAGCGUUUUGAGCUCUUGUGGAUUGUUAAAGUUGGUUAAAGAAGGCAAGUCUGUCCAUGGUUUUGCAGUUAGAAGAGAGAUAGAUCCGAACUAUGAGUCUCUUUCUCCUGCCUUAGUCGAGCUGUACGCUGAAUGCGGGAGGCUAGGCGACUCUGAGACGGUUCUACAUGUGGUUGGUGAUAGAAAUAUUGUGUCAUGGAACUCUCUUAUAUCUCUAUACGCAAACAAAGGUAUGGUGAUUGAGGCAUUGUGUUUGUUUAGACAGAUGGUGACACGGCGGAUGAGACCUGACUCAUUCACUUUAGCAAGUUCAAUCUCAUCAUGCGUGAAUGAUGGUUUAGUCAGGCUAGGGAAGCAGAUUCACGGACAUGUUAUAAGGACGGAUGUUUCAGACGAAUUUGUGCAGAACUCGAUGAUAGACAUGUACUCUAAAAACGGACUUAUGGAUUCAGCAUGUGCGGUGUUUGAUCAAACCAAAGAUAGGAGCGUUGUGACAUGGAACUCAAUGCUCUGUGGAUAUUCUCAGAAUGGUAACUCCUUAGAAGCGAUUAACCUCUUCGACUCUAUGUAUCACAACAGUCUCGAGAUGAAUGAAGUGACAUUCUUGGCGGUUAUCCAAGCUUGCUCAAGCAUAGGUUCACUGGAGAAAGGGAAAUGGGUUCACCAUAAGCUCAUUCUCUGUGGUUUAAAAGAUCUUUUCACUGAGACAGCUCUAAUUGACAUGUAUGCCAAAUGUGGAGAUCUCAACGCAGCUGAAACUAUUUUCAAGUUCAUGUCAGAUAGGAGCAUUGUGUCGUGGAGUAGUAUGAUCAACGCCUACGGGAUGCACGGAUGUAUCGGCUCAGCCAUAUCUACAUUCAACCAGAUGGUGGAAUCAGGAACUAAACCUAACGAAGUUGUUUUCAUGAACGUUCUCUCUGCUUGUGGUCACUCUGGUUCAGUUAAAGAAGGUAAACUCUACUUUAACUUGAUGAAAAACUUCGGCAUCUCACCAAACUCGGAGCAUUUCGCAUGUUUCAUCGACCUUUUGAGCCGUUCUGGUGAUCUCAAAGAAGCAUAUAGAACCAUCAAGGAGAUGCCAUUCCUAGCUGAUGCUAGCGUUUGGGGUUCUCUAGUCAACGGUUGCAGAAUCCAUCAGAGAAUGGAUAUAAUCAAAGCCAUAAAGAAAGAUCUUUCUGAUAUUGCAACCGACGACACUGGAUAUUACACUCUCUUGUCCAAUAUAUAUGCUGAAGAAGGCGAAUGGGAAGAGUUCAGGAGAAUGAGAUCGGCUAUUAAGAGUUUGAGUCUUAAGAAAGUUCCCGGGUACAGCUCGGUCGAGAUUGAUCAAAAAGUUUACAAGUUUGGUGCUGGUGAAGAACCCUGUUUAGGAACAGAGGAAAUCUAUAGAUGUCUUGGGAAUCUCCAACAUGUAACUCUUGAAGCAGAUUGUUUACAGAUUAAUGAAUGA